AUGUCCGAAGACGGCGGCUCUGGUUCUGGAGCUUCUGGGGCCGAACUUGCCAUUCAAUUGGCUAAUCUGUUAAAAACAAACAUCACCCAACAACAAUCACAAACACCAAAACUGUCAGAUAAUCUGCAGAUUAACCUCAAACUUAACAACCAUAACUAUCCCUUAUGGACUCGUAUGAUGCGAGUCGCAAUAGGCGGUAAGUCAAAAACUUUGCUAUCUCAUUUAUCAAAAGAACCACCAGAAUCCACAAAUGAAGCAUACGAAACAUGGGAACAGGAAGAUCUAAUCGUGUUCUCGUGGUUGAUUCAAAACAUAGAACCGGUGAUUGCCGGUAAUCUGACAGAAUAUCCCACAGCUAAAUCUUUAUGGGAUGCUUUGACAACCACUUACAGUAGCGGGAAAGACAAGCUGCAGAUUUUUAAUCUACAUGUUAAGGCAAAUGAAUUAAAACAAAGUGAAAAAACUCUCGAAGAGUUCUGGAUAGCCCUACAAGGUGUAUGGGGUGAAAUCGAUAGAAUCGAUCCGAAUCCCAUGACAUGCGCCGAAGAUAUAAAAACGUAUUCAAGGGUCCGAUCUGAACAAAAGCUGUUCCAAUUUCUCCAUGGAUUAGAUCGAAAAUUCGAUCCGAUUAAAAGAGAAAUCCUCCGUCUCGACACCCUGCCAUCGGCAGAAACUGCCUACGCCACUGUUCGUAAGGAAGCUGCUCAUCAAAGCAUUUUAGGAACGAGUUACACCGAAAACCAGGGCAUCGCAACCGGACUCGUUGCCGAUCAGACAGAGGGCAUCCGAUUAGCCACAAAGAGCUAUCGCCGGAAUGAAGGGAAGAAGCCAUUUGUUAAAGAAGAUAAAUCACAUCUUAAAUGUGAAGAAUGCAAGAUGACCGGCCACACAAAGCAAGGAUGUUUCCAACUCAUCGGUUACCCGGAGUGGUGGACCGACGGCCACAAAAAGAGUUCGAAAAACCCUAAAUCAGAAAAGGGCUCGAAAAAGGACUUCCCUACCGCCCAAGCCAGCACCAGCAACAAAGAUGAGGCCGAAAAAGGGUUCGGGGGAGUGGCGGUGCUAGCGGCGGCCGGAAAGUGUGAAGAAGAUGAGGGGUUCUCGGUGGCAGGUAACACAGAGAGAGAAAGUGAGAAUCUUUCUCACAAAUCUCAUCUGUGUCUUUCUCUGUCUAAUCUAUUUCCAUAUAUAAAUAUAGAUAAUGUUGAUAAAGGUAAAAGAAAUAGAUUAAAAGUCCCAACACCCUGUUGUAAAUCUGGGCCGAAUGGAAUGGGCUUGAUGGCCCAGAACCGAAAUCCCAAUAAUAAUAUGGCCCAACAUCCUUUUAAAAGACCAAAUGACCGCUGGAUAUUCGAUUGUGGGGCAACGGACACCAUGACUUACGAAAUUUCUGACUUUAUCAACUCAUCUAUACCCAAGAAAUCUCACAUCGAAGCUGCAAAUGGUGGAAAAUGA